AUGGGACCCUAUAUGGGAUACCCUGCGAACAGCCAGAUGGUGCCGUUUGGCUACGGUGACCCUGCCAGCCCUUACGGUGCUGGCUAUGGAGGAGAAGGUAGAGGCAUGUAUGAUCUGAUGCCUUACCAGCAACCUCCAAGUGGUUACUAUGGCGCCGUACAGCCUCAUCCCCUCUACGGGCCACCCCACAUGGCUGGAAUACCACCUGGGCAACUCACUACACCACCACCUCCUCCGCCUACUGAGGCUCCUGCCAAGCCAGCCACACCCGCUCCUCCAAAAGAGGAUCCGGAGAAGAUUCGAUUGGAAGCUGAGAUUGCUGCGUUUAAGGCUAUGGAGGAGAAAGUCAAGGCUGCCGAAAAGCAAAAGGAAGCUGAGGCGCAAAUCCGAAGAGAAGCUGAGGAAGCCUUCACUCGAAGAAUGGAGGAUAUGAGACUGGCCCAAGAGGAAGCCAAGAAAGAGAUCGAAAGGGCCAGGCUUGAGGCAGAAAAGGCUGCCCGAGAAAGAAUGGAAGCCGAACGAAAGGCUGAAGAGAAACGCGCACAGGAACACGCUCGCGCUAUGGCAGAAGCCGAGGAGAAGGCUCGUCUCAGAUUCGAAGCAGAGAUGAAGGCCGCUGAAGACCGAAGAAAGGCAGAGGCAGAGGCUCGCAUCCAAGCUGAAGAAGAAGCCAGAAAGAAGUUCGAGGCUGCAGCGAAGGCAGCUGAAGAACAACGACAGGCUGAGGCUGCGGCGCGCGCACAAGCAGAAAGGGAGGCCCGAGAGAAGUAUGAGGCCGAGAUGAAGGCAGCCGCCGAACAGCGCAAAGCAGAGGCGGAAGCCAAGGCCAAGGCCGAAGAAGAGGCUCGUCUGAAGCUCGAGGCUGAAUUGAGGGCAGCGGAGGAGCGUGGUAAGAGAGAAGCUGAAGAGAGGGUCAGGGCCGAAAGAGAAGCUCGAAUGAAAUUUGAGGCUGAACUGAGGGCUGCUGAGGAGAAGAGGCAGAAGGAGGAGGAAGAGCGAAAGCGUGCUGAAGAGCUUGCUCGAGUUCGCUUUGAGAAGGCACUACAAGAGGAAGCUGAGGCAAAGGCCGCAGCCGCGAAGAAGGCCCAAGAGGAAGCCGAGCGCCUCAUGAGACUUGAGCAAGAGGCUAAGGAAGCCGCCGCAAAGAAAGCGGCCGAGGAAGCCGAGAAGCUCAAGAAGCUCGAAGAAGAAACUCGCGCGAAGGCUGAGGCUGAGACCCUUAAGAAAAUCGAGGAGGAAAAUAAGAAGGCAGCAGAAGCUGCCGCAGCCGAGGAAGCCGCUAAGAAAGCCGCCGCAGAACUUAAGACGAAAAUUGAAGAAGAGACAAAGGUCAAGCUCGAAGAGUCUAAGAAGAAGGCUGAGCAGGCCCCAAUCCGAUUCAAGGAUGCGGUUGGUCGAAAGUUUAGCUUCCCUUUCCACUUGUGUGCCACUUGGCAGGGUAUGGAAGAUCUCAUCAAGCAGGCUUUCAUGCAAGUUGAUGUUCUGGGUCCUCAUGUAAUGGAAGGACACUAUGAUCUUAUCGGCCCCGAUGGCGAGAUCAUCCUGCCAUCCGUUUGGGAGAAGGUGGUUCAGCCUGACUGGGCUAUCACCAUGACGAUGUGGCCAAUGGAUAAGAUGCCUCCGCUGGGACACCCCAAGAUGCCUGGCGCGCCGGGCAUGCAUGGACACAAGCACGGUGGCCCUAUUCCUAUUCCACCCCGUCCCAUGGGCGCAGGCAUGCGACCUCCCAUGAUGCCUCCUGGCGGUAUGCCACCUGGAGGAGUUCGACCACCCGCGGGAUGGCCUGUCGGAGGAGGUGUUCGACCUGAUAUGCCAAUGCCGCCCAACGUUGUCACAGUUGGCCCUAAUACUGGCAAGUCCAGCAAGCACAAGAAGGCUUCCAAGGAUCACUCAGGAAUGGCAGGUUUUCUGUUUGGCAAACCUCAAAAGAAGAAGCCUAGCAAGAAAUGA